UAUUACUGACCAAUCAUGAGCUCCCAGAUUCGUCAGAAUUAUUCCACCGGCCUGGUUAACAUGCAACUGUGGGCCUCCUACACCUACCUCUCUCUGGGCUUCUAUUUCUACCGCGACGAUGUGGCUCUGAAGGGUGUGGGUCACUUUUUUCGCGAAUUGGCCAAGGAGAAGCGCGAGGGCGUGGAGCGUCUCUUGAAAUUGCAAAACCAGCAUGGCAGCCGCGCCCUCUUCCUGGACGUGCAGAAGCCAUCUCAAGAUGAGUGGGGUAAAACCCAGGACGCUAUGAAAGCCGCCCUUCUCGUAGAGAAGAACCUGAAUCAAGCCCUGUUGGAUCUGCAUGGCCUGGCUUCUGCCUGCGGAGACCCCCACAUCUGUGAUUUCCUCGAGAACCACUUUCUAGAUGAGGAAGUGAAACUCAUCAAGAAGAUGGGUGACCACCUGACCAACCUCCGCAGGCUGGCUGGUCCCCAGGCUGGGUUGGGCGAGUAUCUCUUCGAGAGGCUCACCCUCAAGCACGACUAGGAGCUUUUGGAGAUCAGUGGCUUUUGAAGAA